CAGCGGCCGCAACACGUCCCCUUACCGCAACCUGCCUGCCCAGGACUCCUGUUCAAAGGCGCUGUGUCCUCGCACGCUGCCAGAAGACCUUCCUUAUCUCAUUACAUUACGUGAACCGCUCACGGAGAGCGUACUUAUGAGCGUACAGUGCCAAUCUAUCUCAGCUUUCCCUCUCAACUUCGACGCUCCGCAACACAAGGUCGGACGGUAGAUGGCUGCUAGACGCGAAGGGCUCCAAAUACAUGUCGGGGGCAAGGCAGCCGUGGGCCUCUUUGCUUUGAGCCUCAUUGGGUUCGUCACGGAGUCACAGCUGACGCAGUAUGUACAAACGAGCCUCGACUACCGGCAACCAUACCUUAUCUUCUAUAUAGUCCAUUCCUCAUUCGCGGUCAUGCUCCCGCUGCAUCUCGCAUUCCUUGCCAUUACGGCAAGGCAAUCCCCUCGAGAGCUUUGGCUCCAACUAACCUCCGCCUUACGACAACAUCUGUCACCGCCUGGUGUCAGGCCUACUGAAUUCCCGAAACGGAGGUUCGCCUGGCUCCUCACGGUCCUCACCAUUGGCGUGACCGUACCAGGGCUACUCUGGUUCAUCGCCGUGUCGCUAGCUCCGGUGACGGACAUCACCGCGUUGUGGAAUACAAACGCGUUCUUCGCAUACCUGCUCUCCGUCCGCGUGUUCAAGCUCAGAUGGGAACCUAUCCGCCUCGCUGCAGUUGUUCUCGCGACCCUUGGUGCCACAGUGGUAGUCUACGGAGGCAGCAGCAGCAGCAGCAGUUCAGACGCGCCUGAAGCAGUUCAGCAUGCCGACGCAAACACCCGUGCUCCACUGGCAGGCGAUCUCCUUUCCCUUUUCGCGUCUAUCCUGUACGGCAUGUACCAAGUGUUGUACAAACUAUACGCGGCAUUACCUUCGGACCCCGAGGAGCUUCUUGACGCAGAGCCUCGCGCCGGUGCAUAUGCCCGCAUUCCGUCUGAGACAGAACUGGAAGAAGACGUCGUGGCCAUAGAGCCCGCGCCGAGCAUAACUCCUCCGUUCGGGCUCUACCCGAACAUGCUCACCUCCGCCAUCGGGGUCUGCACACUCCUCGUGCUCUGGAUCCCCAUCCCCCUCCUGCACGUCUUCGGUGUCGUCCGCUUCGCGCUGCCCACAACGUCCGCGCAGGUCCUGUCCAUUGUCGGCAUCUCAAUCACCGGGGUAAUGUUCAACGCUGGUUUCAUGAUUCUACUCGGCAUCUGGGGGCCCAUCGUGACGUCCGUAGGGAGUCUCCUGACCAUCGUCUUGAUGUUCUUGUCCGACAUCAUCUUUGGACGCGCGGCGAGCACGGUCACGGUGUGGAGUCUGCUGGGGUCUGGAGCAAUCGUCGUCGCCUUCGGUGUAUUGGCUUAUGACAUGGUGAAGCGGAAGCAUCCUCCGCCUGGUAUACACGCAGGGUAGUUGUGUGCGGUACCUUGAUCUGUAUGCGGGACCGCGUGGCGGUACUACGCUAAGUAGAGUUGUCGAGCUGCACUGCAUACAUCUCGGUGUGACCA